GAGAGACUUUUGAGGACUUUAGACAACAUAUGUUAGCCGCAGCAGAAAGUGGACAAGGAAGAUAUGCUGUUUAUGACUUGGUCAAGGAUGAGGCAUCAAAGAACAAAACAGGAGAUCUUGUAUUUAUAGUCUGGAUAAGUGAUGAUAAGUGUGGGAUCAAGCAGAAAAUGUUAUACUCUAGCUCAAAGGAUGCUAUUAAAAAAGCAUGCGUAGGGUUUAAAAAAGAACUUCAAUGUAAUGAUGAGUCUGAAUUAACAUUAAAGGAACUCAAUGAAAAAAUGAAAUAGAAAAUGACAGCAAAGAUUUAGAGACACUCUCAUGUACAAUUUCUAGAAGUAGCUUUAUGUUUUAGACAUGUUUGUUCUUAAGGAUGAGCUGUCAGAAAUUAACUCUUUUUUAUGAUAAUCACACAAGAUUUUGUUAUCAUGAGCAAAUUUUGGAAGCAUGUAUAUUUUUAUUGGACAUUGUUAACCAUUUUUCUUUUUCUAUGGCUGAAUUUUUUACUUUAUGUGAAAUACAUCUUCUAUCUUGCACAAGUAAAUUUAAAAAAAAAAGAAAAUGUUUGGACAGUUGAUAUUUUUGAACAUGUAAUUGGCUAAAAUAGAAGCUGCGACAAAAGUGCUAAUUUUAAUUUGUGUAGCCUAUUAUUUAUCCUUUUUCUUGCAAUUGACUUGUAAAUUUUUCAGUUUUUUUUUCUUCCUUAACUAAGCCAUAAAUGCAUCAUAAUGGGGUAAAAAAAAUUUCUUUUUGUAAAGCAAUGUAAACUUAAAACGUCAAAGUAAAAGAUGCUAGAGUUUAUGGAAAUAUACUUAAGGCACAUACAAGAUCACAUCUGAUAUUUUACAUUACAGCCAGAUACACAAAUUAUUAUAUUUGUGAGACUGAUGGUAAAAAACUUCAAAUACUAAUAAUUAGAAAAAUCAUUAAUGGUUCUUAAUUAAGUUUUUGAUAACUUUAUAGGUUUAUAACUACAUAGGUCAAUCUGGGAUAAUAGAAUUAUUAAGAACACUGUAUUACCUAAUUUUGUAUACUGUAGUAUUUAUAUUAUUAAAGACUACCAUCUUUUG